AUGGAUGUGUCGAAAAUCUCAGGACUCGGCUUUAUAGGGCUGGGGGCCAUGGGACUUCCCAUGGCCGGCCACCUCGCAGCCAAACUGCCCGAACAUAUCAAGGUGUUUGUGUACGACAUCAACCCGGCCAGCGUGGACCAACUACAGCAGGAAUAUCCGAACAGAAUAGUCAAGGGUGCGAGCGCAAAGGACGUGGCAGACAAAUCGGACAUUAUCCUCACCAUGCUACCCGAAGGAAAACACGUUCGUGCCGUCUACAUGGAGGGCGGCGCGGACGCGGAUACGAUAAGCGCGAGCGACGUGUCGGGCAAACUCUUGAUUGACUGCUCGACCAUCGACACGGCCAGCAGCCUCGCGGUGAAGGAGCACAUGUCGAACAAGUGGCCGACCACGUCCUUCUACGACGCGCCCGUCAGCGGCGGCGUGGUGGGUGCGCAGAAAGGCACGAUCGCCUUCUUUCUCGGCUGUGACGACGGCGACACCAAUCUGCCCUUCCUCACGCAGCUAUUGAAGCUCAUGGGCCAACAUGUCAUCACGUGCGGCGGCCCGUCCAAAGGCCUGGCGGCCAAGUUGUCCAACAACUACUUGUCCGGCACCAUUGCCAUCGCCGUGUCCGAGGCCAUGGACAUGGGCAUGCGCUCCGGGCUGGAUCCGCGCGUGCUGGCCAAGGUCUUCGCCGCCGGCACGGGGCAGAAUACCGUGUGCGACAAGUUCUGUCCCGUGCCCGGCGUGGUCCCUGAAGCCCCGUCGUCCAAGGGCUACACCAACGGGUUCAAGGUGCAGUUGAUGCGCAAGGACUUUGCGCUGGCUUUGGACAUGGCUGAGCGUGUAGGUGCACGAAAUGUGCUGGGUCCUGCUGGUUUGGCCACCUACGAUGGCGCCAGCAAUGAUCCUCGCUGCAGGGACCUCGAUUCCAGAGUCGUCUUUCGCUAUCUAGGAGGCAAUGAGGACUGGCAGAAGACAAAUGUACGGUGA